CAAAACUUCCCAAACACAUGUCGUCCUCUUUCUCUUCGAGCUCAAGGUCUGCUUGUUCAUCCUAGAGGCGUUGGGCUGCCACAAGCAGGUCGCCGGUGCCGUACAGAGUAGGUCCUCUUGACUACGAACCAGCGACGCCAUGCUGGUGCAAGGAGAGACCCAAGGCCGCCAUGUGGAUCUCCUGGAGCGAUGAUAACCCUGGAAGAAGAUACAAGACAUGCGCCAAGUCGCGGACUGGAGGCUGUGAAAUGUACGUGUGGCAUGACGAUCGUAUUGAGGAUCCGUUCCACAAACAACUCCUCAUUGAUCUCCGCGACAGGGUGCGUCACUUAGAGAGGAUCAACUCAGAGUUACGAGAUGCGGCAAGUGUGGUGGCACAACACCGCUCUACCCAGCUAGAACUACCUCCUGCUCCUAUAGACAAUUUAGCUAUGAAUCAAGGACCUGGCUAUGUCAAGGGGUUUGCACUGUUCAUGCUGCUGGCAGCAUUCUGUUGCAAGUGCUUCUUCGGUUAGGAGCAGUGAACUUUUAACUGCAUCCACAAAAAAAGCUUGUGUUCUAGAUGUGAUAGUUGUAACCCUAGCAGUCCAUCAGCUGUUGUUGAGUACUUGCCUUUGUUUGUGUCCUAGCAGUUGAACUUGUACCUCCGAAUGUAUGUGGUAAACUAGUGUGAACUAGUUGCAUAUGAAAUUUGGUUUCUAUCA